AUGAGCGUGGAGCAGGAGACCAAGGCGCUGGAGUCGCUCUCGUUCGAGGAGCUGUCGCUGCUCAAUGAGCGCAAGGAGGCGCUGAAGAAGGAGCACACGGCUUAUGUGGAUGAGCACCCGGAGAUUAAGACGCUGUUGAGCGGCUUCAUGUCAGCGCUGCUACUUGAGAAGCCCCAGGACGUCGUGGCGUUCGCAGCUGAACACUUUUCAGCUUUCAAGCCGCCGCACACGGAGUUGGAGCCUAUUGUGAUCGCUGGACCGUCAGGUGUGGGCAAGGGAACGCUCAUCAACCUACUGCUGGAGAAAUUUCCCAACACUUUCGGCUUUUCUGUGAGUCACACGACCCGAGGUCCGCGUGAGGGCGAGGUGGACGGCGUGGCCUACCAUUUCACUGCCAAGGAUAAGGUGCUUAAGGAAAUCGAGGCUGGUCUCUUCCUGGAACACGCUGAGGUUCAUGGCAAUGUGUAUGGCACCAGUAAACGCGCCGUGCAGGACGUGCAGGAGAAGGGCAAAAUCUGCAUCUUGGACAUCGAUAUCCAGGGCGUGCAGCAGGUUAAGAAGUCAGGUAUCCCUGCGAAAUACCUCUUCAUCGCCCCACCCUCCAUGGAGGAGCUAGAGAAGCGUCUGCGUGGACGUGCCACCGAGACGGAGGACAAAAUCCAGCUGCGUGUCAAGAACGCCGCGGGUGAACUGGCUUAUGGCCAGCAGCCGGGAGUGUUCGACGCUAUCCUCGUCAACCAGGUAGUGGACGACAGUUUCCGGGAGCUGGUGGAGACUCUUAAACAGUGGUACCCCACUGUGGAGCUCAAGUAGAUGCAUUGAAACCUUAACGGACUGUGAUAGUGCAGACCUGAUAAAAAAAAACGUCGCUGAGAUACGA